UUGCUCUCAUCCCGCAUGGCUCACUCCAUAAUAGAAAUAUUAUUGAAAGAAAAAACGAAUCAGAUAUACGAAGAGAUGGUUGUAGGAACUCUGGAAGUGCUCCUUGUUGGAGCCAAGGGCCUUGAAGACACUGAUUUUUUCAGCAAUAUGGAUGCAUAUGCUAUUCUGAUAUGCCGUACACAAGAACAAAGAAGCAGCAUCGCAUCAGGUCAAGGAAGCAAUCCUGAAUGGAAUGAGACCUUUAUGUUCACUCUCUCUGACCAUGUUUCGGAGCUCACGAUCAAGCUUAUGGAUAGCGAUACUUUUUCAUCUGAUGAUUUUGUCGGCAAAGCUAAAAUUCCAUUAGAACCAUUGUUUAUAGAGCGAAUUCUACGACCAACAGUCUAUAACGUGGUUAAGGAUCAAGAAUAUCGCGGAGAAAUUAAAGUUGGUCUCACAUUCACCCCUACCUGUGAGGAAUACAGUGAUGAGAGUUACGGUGGUCGGAAAGAGUCUGAAUGAGAUAAAUAAAGUGAGCGUGAGAAGAUCAUCAAGUACUUGAUUAUGAAUGCCAUUUUUAUAAAAACCAGACUUUUGAAUUAUAGUGCAAGCGAAUUAGUUUUGUUAUAUUUAUCAAUUUUCUUGAACUUUAGAUGGUUGUUGAUGUUGAGUUCAUGAUUUGCCUUAUUUGAAGGAGACAACAAUCAUGAAAUUUUAAUGUAAAGAUUGAAUGUUGUUCAUAGUAGUAC